UAUUCUUCUAUUUUCCUGCUGAAACACGGAAAUGAUAAACCCUAUGGACUUGCUCCGAUCCAAUCUCUCUCGGGUUCGGAUCCCCGAACCAACCAAUCGCAUCUUCAAACAAGAAUGUUGCAUCUCCUUCGAUACUCCGAGAUCUGAAGGUGGUUUGUUCAUCGACCUGAAUACAUUUCUUGCUUAUGGGAAAGACUGUGUGGGUUGGAACUUCGAGAAGACUGGAAACCCUGUUUAUUUGCAUAUAAAGCAAACAAGAAAGUUGGUUCCUGAAGAUAGGCCUUCAAAAAAACCGACUCUUUUGGCUAUAGGUAUUGAAGGGGGAUUUGACAACAAUGAAGCUGAAUAUGAUGAAACUCAUAAUAUAGUUAUAUUGCCUGAUUAUGUGACACUUCCUUUUCCUUCUGUGGAGUUACCUGAGAAGGUAAGGUUGGCAGUGGAUGCCAUCUUAAUGGCUGAGGGUGCUGAGCGGAAAGAGCAAGUUGCAGCAUGGACAGCUGAUAAGAAGCAAACCAGUGCAUAUGCGAUGAAUUUGCAACAGAUCGACAAUGGUGUUAUUGUUCCGCCAUCUGGGUGGAAAUGUACUAAGUGCAAUAAAAGGGAUAAUCUCUGGUUGAACCUUACUGAUGGAAUGAUCCUUUGUGGGAGGAAAAAUUGGGAUGGAACUGGUGGCAAUAACCAUGCCAUUGAACACUACAAGGAGACAGGCUACCCUCUUGCUGUAAAGCUUGGGACAGUUACUGCUGAUCUGGAAGGAGCAGAUGUUUUCUCAUAUCCAGAGGAUGAUAGUGUUUUGGAUCCACUUUUAGCACAGCAUCUGGCAUUUUUUGGCAUUGAUUUUUCAUCACUAAAGAAGACUGAAAUGACAACUGCUGAAAGGGAACUCGACCAAAAUACCAACUUUGAUUGGAAUCGUAUUCAAGAAAGUGGAGAGGAAGUGGAGCCCCUUUUUGGGCCGGGAUAUACAGGACUUGUCAAUCUUGGAAACAGCUGCUACUUGGCAGCUACCAUGCAAGUUGUGUUCUCAACACGGUCCUUCUGUUCACGUUACUACAUGAACCAAAAUUUAAAACCAGCUUUUGUAGCUGCUCCUGCAGAUCCCACUGUGGACCUAAAUAUGCAGUUAACAAAGCUGGGACAUGGUUUGCUAUCGGGAAAAUACUCUAUUCCAGCUCUGAAGAAAGAUGAUACUGCCAAUGCUGCAACUACAACAGACACUAAACAGGAAGGGAUACCUCCUCGUAUGUUUAAAGCAGUUAUUGCUGCUAGCCAUCCUGAAUUUUCUUCUAUGAGACAGCAGGAUGCUUUGGAAUUUUUUUUACAUUUUGUUGAUCAAGUUGAACGUGUUCAUUCUGGAAAACCUGAUUUGGAUCCCACAAAGAGUUUCAAGUUUGGCAUUGAAGAUCGUAUCGCAUGUUCAUCUGGCAAGGUUGCUUACAAUAGAAGGCUUGACUACAUUCUUUCUUUGAAUAUUCCACUGCAUGAAGCUACUAAUAAAGGAGAAGUAGAAACUUUCCACAAAUUGAAAGCGGAAAAGAUUUCAGAAGGAAAGGACGUCAGAUCCAGUGAUGAGAUUGUACGUCCAAGGGUUCCUCUAGAAGCAUGUCUAGCAACCUUUUCAGCCCCUGAGGAGAUACACGAUUUUUAUAGCACUGCCUUGAAAGCUAAGACAACAGCGUUCAAGAAUGCUGGUUUGACAUCAUUUCCUGACUAUUUGGUGUUGCACAUGCGUAAAUUUGUAAUGGAGGAGGGCUGGGUGCCCAAGAAGCUUGAUGUAUAUAUUGAUGUUCCAGAUAUCAUAGAUAUUACCCAUAUGCGCAGCAAAGGCCUUCAACCUGGGGAGGAGCUGUUACCAGAGGGUGGCUCUGAGGAUGAGGCAGAGUCAAAUAUGCCUGUUGCCGACCAGGAUAUUGUUUCCCAACUUGUGUCGAUGGGAUUUAAUCAUCUUCAUUGCCAGAAAGCUGCCAUAAAUACCUCAAACACUGGAGUGGAAGCAGCAAUGAAUUGGUUACUCUCUCAUAUGGAUGAUCCAGAUAUAGAUAUUCCUAUUUCCCAACAAGGUGCAACAAUUGACCAAUCAAAAGUUGAUACUUUGAUCUCAUUUGGUUUUCAAGAAGAGAUUGCUCGGAAGGCUUUGAAAGCAUCGGGUGGUGACAUUGAGAAAGCAACAGAUUGGAUAUUUAACAAUCCGGAUGCUUCUGCUUCAUCGGAUAUGGAUGCUACCUCAUCAAGCACUGUACAAACUCCUGUGGAUGCUGGUCUAACGGAUGGAGGAGGGAAAUACCGGCUGUUUGGAAUAGUGAGCCAUAUUGGAACCUCUACCCAGUGUGGUCACUACGUCGCUCAUAUCCUUAAAGAUGGUAGAUGGGUAAUUUUCAACGAUGACAAGGUUGGAGCUUCUGUUAACCCUCCAAAAGAGAUGGGAUAUUUGUAUUUCUUUGAGAGGCUUAACAGCUAAAAUUUAUGAGGUAGAAAGAUGAAAGA